GUGCCGUGCGGGAAGGAUGAUUUCUCAGUAGCGAUGGACUGGUGUGACAUUACAGGUGGAUAAAGGACGAUGUAAUGUUUCAGACACUCGCAACGGAAACAUGGAAGUUUGUUUUCUCCGUGGGCUCCUGUUGGUCGUCCUGUGGGCCUGGACGUUAGCAGACGAUGGACAGGUGACAUUUGUAUCCGAGCUCUCGUCCAAACCGGCCCAGAAGUUGUCAAAGUACGGUUGGUACGGCAACGUGAGGCUGCAGAGGUUUCAUAUUCCAGAGGAAAGUGCCGUCGCUCGCUGGCUGUUCACCGUCACCAAGGGCCACAGCUUCCACUGUGGACAGCACAACGUCACCAUCCAUAUUCAAUAUGGUGCCCCUCCAGUUAUAAACCCAACAGGGACAAAGUUUCCAAAUGCAACACUAUGGAGCCCCUGUCUGUCUCUGAUCCUGCCGGUGACAUCACACAGCUCCACAACCUUUAACCUCUCCAAUCCUGCUCCCGGUGAUUGGUACAUCGGUGCCCACUUGCCUGAAGAUGAUGGGCGCAUUGAGCAGAAGGGCUUUCCGUCCUGCUCCUACUUCUUCCAGCCUCAGCUGUCAAUCAGGAGAGCGGUGGACACACCCAUUUUACAGCAGGGCACAUUCCUCCAGCAGACUGCAGCACCUGACAAACCUGCACGCCUUAAGUUGUAUGUUCCAGAGUUUGCCUCCUCUCUCUCCGUCUCUGUGGCUGACUGUUCGUCAGGGGAGGGAGCAGACGGUGAAAACUGUUCACUGCUCCUCAGGCUCGGCUCCACCUCUCUGCAGCAGCGCCCAGUAACAGUGAACUGCUCAGGGAUUACCUGCUCCGCAGCUCUUUCCAACCCACCUUGGGAUACCUGGUUACGGGUUGUCGUGGAGAGCAGCCUCGGCAACCGCACUGUGACCUUUAGUAUCGUCUCAAACUACACAGUGGGGUGUAAGCCAAAAAGCGUAGGCCUUAAAGUGGAUGAUGACAUCACCAAGCUCCGCAGCAACAGCAGCUACGCCAACUCAACAUCAGCAGGCAACAGCUCAGUGGUCACAGACACAGCCGCCUUAUACAACGAAUCAGUGUCACUGUUAACACCUCUGUUGCCGUCGGCGUGUGUGUGGAACAUCCCCGUGCUCUACGAGGAGGUGGACGUACUGUCGCUCCGAUUCACACCUGUCAACGGACCCAACGUCAGCGUCACAGAUACACACCCCACACUGCUCACUUACCCCCUGCACCCACAGGCCACCGGUGGCACACUCAACCUACAGCUCACACUCAACACUACUAAUGUAACCCUGGGGAACGGCAGCAGUGUGGUGGCCUGUCUCUCUCCAUGGGCUCCAGUCCUCGAGCUCAACCACUCUCAACCCUGUCGCACAGCUUUGUUUGGAGGAUACGGUGUUCAUGUGAAUGUCAGCGUUCCUAAAGCUGUGGUCAGGCUGCCUUUUCCUCAGUCGACAACAUGGUACCUCACCCUGCAGCUAACAUGCAACAGCAGCGACUGUGGUAAUACAUCGUUGGUGUCUGUGCUCCCAGAGGUGUUCAUCAGUGCCUGUGUAGAGGACUGUGGGACAUAUGGUGAAUGUAGACUGCUGAGAUCCUACAGCUACCUGUACGCUGCCUGUGUCUGCAAGGCUGGCUGGAGCGGUUGGGGCUGCACCGAUGAUUCAACAGCUCAGUCGUACCGCCGCCAGCUGGCAGCAACUCUUCUGCUCACGCUCAGUAACCUCUCCUUCCUGCCUGCCAUGGUGGUGGCCAUCAAACGCUGCUAUAUCACUGAGGCCUCUGUCUACCUCUUCACAAUGUUCUUCUCCACGUUCUAUCACGCGUGUGACCAGCCCGGUGUAGCUGUACUGUGUAUAAUGGACUACGAUACCCUACAAUACUGUGACUUCCUGGGGUCGGUCUGCUCCAUCUGGGUCACCAUCCUGUGCAUGGCUCGCAUCAGAGACACUUUCAAAUAUACUCUGUUCAUGCUUGGGGCUCUGCUGAUAGCCAUGUCAAUGCAGCUGGACCGCAAAGGCCUGUGGAACCUGCUGGGCCCCGUCCUGUGUGCCAUACUGUUCAUGGUCAUUGCCUGGGUGUACCGAGGGGCAAAGCGACGACAGUGCUACCCGCCUUCUUGGAGACGCUGGGUCUUCUUCCUCCUCCCAGGAGCACUCUGUGCCCUGAUCGGGGUGUGUUUAUACAUUUUUGCCGAGACAGAGGACAACUACUACUACACACACUCGCUGUGGCACAUCCUGGUGGCCAGCUGCGUGGUGUUCCUGCUGCCGCCGAAGGAGAAGGACAGGGAGGCGAUGGGCUGGAGCCGCGGCUGGAGCUGGAGCUGGAGCUGGAGACCUCGGGUUUGUGGGUACACGCUCUGUCAGAGCAGCAAGGAUGAACUCUACACUGUCACAUAGUGGGACAAGAGAUACUGUAAGGAAGCAAAGUGACCAGGCAUUGAUUGUUAAACAGAACUGCAAACAUUCACGUAACAGGUAAGACGACACACAGGGUGUCAGAACAUUACAGAAUCCUUAAAGGGACAGUUCACCCCAAAUCAAAAACACGUUUCCGCUUACCUGUAGUGCUGUUUAUCAGAGAGACAUUGCUGUUAAGUUUUUGAAAUGUAUAUACAUUUUUUGGCGCUUUGAGCACCACAUGCUGAGUGCCAUCUAGUUCCAUUAUAUUGGAGAGAAGGCAGACAUCUCUACGGGUGAUAUAUCCAACACUCUGCAGCUCACACCAAAACAAUCUACUGAUAAACAGCACUACAAGUAAGAAGAAAAAAAGUAUUUUUGAUUUUGGGGUGAACUGUCCCUUUGUGACUCUUCAAAGUUUCUUAAUAACUUGAAUAAAGCAAUAUGAAUUCAAAUUUAUUCCUAUAUUCUCAUAGGUCUGAUAUUUUAUAGUCACACUGACAGAUGGUUUAAAACUCUUCUGAAAUUGAAUAAAAAAUAUCUGUAAAAGUCUUAACUCGCAACAUCCUGAAAUACACACACACACACACACACACUUAAACCCAAAUCGAACCUGCUGAAACCUCCGAGGUGGUCCGUUCCACAAGCUUCACUCUGAAUAGCAAAACCUUCAGGUAGCAGACCACCUGACCUUUGACCUCAUGACCAGGAGUUUGUACAUAUUGUGUAUGUACCUAUAGGCUAGGAAAUCAAUGUUUGAAAUAUUUAUAAGGAAUAGCACUUUGUGGGGCUCUUUUAAAUAUUUAUAUUCAGCCUGUUGUUGCUGAAAAAGUACACCAUAUAUAUUUAUGUAAACACUCCUCAUUCUCGUUUCCUCUUGUAUUUUUGUUUUCUACACAGGCCGGGGCAAAGUCUGAAAAUAGUUUUUGAUCCAUUUUAAAUGUGCUUGAUUAUUAACUGCCAGGUAUUUUAACAACCUUUGAAAUAGUUUGGCUUUUCAGCUUUGUUCUGGAACUUUCAACCAUAUGACAUGGUCCUCAUCAGGGGAUGACAUUAGCUUUUUAGCUUUGAGAUGUGUCAUUGCAGAGCAGAAAAGUUAAAAAGAACAUAGAAAUGGUGCAGAAGCUGAGAACAGUCGUGCUCACAGUUAUUUUUUUUAAUGCCUUUAUCUCAAGAUAACACAUAAAUUAUUUUGUUUUCUAGAGAAAAACAAGCUUUGUUUUCUAAGGAAAACAAGAUAAUCAUCUAGAGAUGAGAAUACAGCUGCAUCUGUACUCUGAAUGGGCGGGGUUUAAACUGAAAGUGAGCGUGGUUUCAAUCCGGAGUGGGCGGAGGCUCGAUUGGAAGUUGCUAUGUUUAUUGUUUAUUAUAAAAGUAUUUACAGAACAAUCUCAGAAUUGAGCUUCAGAUAAUUUUGAUCCCGAGAGUAAGAGUUGGAACACUGCCACUCUAGCGAGGAUUUUCCUUCUUCACGAGUACAGAUUUUACUCGUAUGAAAAAGUACAUUAUUUGUACAGGAUACUUGUUUCAUCUGUACAGGACACUUGUUUCAUGUUCGGCUCAACCCUGUAAUCAUCUUGUUACCACAAGAAAACAAAAGUCCAAAUUCUCAAGAUAACGAGAUAAUUUAUCACGAGAAAACAACUUUUGUUUUUCUGAGAUCCGGAAUAAGUUUGAAUAACUUAAAUGAGUGUCUGGUUGAUUUUAUUGUUUUCAUUUUUUAAAGAUAUUUUUUAGGGCUUUUUGCCGUUAUUUUAUAGGACAGAUACAGCAUGAAAUGGGGGGGAUAGAGGGGAUGGCCACAGUGGCCACGGGCUCAAUUCCACCCCCUUUGCUGCAUGUCAUUCCCCCUCUCACGCUGUAGCUGUCCUAUCAAAUAAAGGCAAAAAGCCUCAAAAAAUAUCUUUUUUUUUUUCCUUAAAUUGCACGCACGGCCGCUCUCAGCUUCUGUAUAAUUGAAAUGAUUUAAAACCAGUUAAUUACGCUUUCCUCUCAAAACCUUGAUAAUGCCUUCCCAUAAUCCACAUCUUUACAUCCUGUACUGUUCAUAACAGGAGGUUAUGUUCACGCACAGAUUGUAUUGAACGUGAAUGACUCAGUGUCCUUUCUUUUAUUGUCUCGUCUCCCCUCUCUAAAACCUGACCAGUCCUUUACCUUUCUCCACCACUCAUUCUGAAGCACUUUGAUUAUUAAGAAGCUGGUUCCUCUGUGUAAUGUACAUGUACAUAGCCCAUGUGUGUAUGAACGGGCACUUUAUGAAUGUAUAUUCAGAUUACUGUGUCCAGUGCCUCCUCUUGUCGUCAUGUCUGUGAAUGAGUGAACUCUAUGUACUGUACGAGUGUGUGUGUGUGUGUGAAUGUGUGUUUUGUCUCUUGCACCAGCGAAGCUACUGAGCACUUUCCGUACUUUAUUUAAAGUUAGACACAAAGUCCAUGUGUUUAUUUCUCAGCGUCCUUCGAUGUUCUUUUCUCAUUGUGGUUUUGCACAGAUUCAGAUUGAACUGUAACUCUCAUAGCCUUCCUCUCAUUUUUGAAAUGUUUGUGUGAGAGUGUGAAUCACUUUGUUUAGUCGUCACAUUUAAGUAGAAAGUAUGAAAGGCAUUCUACCACUUUAACGCACUGUAGCUCCCAUUGUGUGUAAACAUAAAGACAUGUAACGUUCAAUGUAAAACUGGAUUUUACUUCCUUGUACUGGACACAUACUUUUCAAUCCUUAAAAAAUCCAAACAGCAUCUAGCCACCAAAAAUAAACCUGUUGUAUAAAGAGAA